AUGUUCAGAGCAGUAAACACGGAGUCUGAGUCCGAAAGAAAAAGAAUCUUAUUUGAAAGAACUAGAAUACAAGCACUUUACUUUUCAGUAGCAAAGACAUUGAAUAUUGAUAAAUUUGUGGAAUUGAAAGUACAGUUUGAGCAGAAUCAAGGACUGUACUCUGCAGGAAAGGCCAAUCUACUGUUCAGUCUUGUGAGAAAAACUCCAAUGGAAAAGUUGGAAGAAUUGAUUGAAAAAUACGGUGUUUUAGAAUCAAAACCGGCGUUUUUUGAAUUUAUAAGGAAAUGCAUAGAAAAUGAAAAGUUCGUUAAGGCAAAAAAGCUUCUUAAUAUGGCUAGAACAAAAGGGUGGUGGUGUAAUGAUCUUUUUGAUCUAGAAAAUACAAUUGAGUGUAAAUAUUUUAAGGGUGGAAAGAUUAAAAAAAAGCCAGUAUUUAAAAAUUUUAUGAUAUAA